AUGAAAUCAGUGAAACUUACAAUGCUGAAUUUAUCAUUUUGGAAUGCGUUAUUGGAAAUAUAUUUAUCAAUAAUUUAUAUUCCGAUUGUUAUUUUUCCAAUAAAUGCUGGUUUAUAUCUUGGACCAGAUAUUUUUGGAAACUUUUCAAUUCGAUCAUAUUUUGCAGUUGUUAUUCUUGGUUUUGUCACUUCAUCGAUUGUUACUUUUCUUGAGAAUCGAUAUGAUGUUUUAGUUCGAAUAAAUCGAUUGAAAAUGAGCAGAAGAAUAUUACAUUUGGGAUUGAAUUAUUUGAUGAGUAUUAUUAUUUAUAUUCCACCAUUUUUGAAUAUUCCUGAUCAGAAAGAAAUGAGAGAAUAUCUUGAGAAAUUCGAGCGUGGAAUAUCUAUAAAUAUUCUAAAUCAUCCGAAUUUCUUCAUAAUUGCUCUUGAUUUCAAAAAUCUUGCGAUGUUUGUCGCAAUCUUUGCAUUAUUUCUAACUUGUCAAGUUUCAUUUAUGUUGAAAUAUAUCAUUUCAACUCUUUAUUCUCAAAAAUCACAAUCGAUUAAAACUCUGAAAAUGCAAAGAAAGUUUUUUGUUUUAAUUUGUAUUCAUACAAUUCUUCCACCAAUGAUCCUCAUUUUACCAGUUUCGUAUUCAGUUUUCUCGAGUGUUAUGAAUUAUUAUAAUCAAGGUAAAUUUGGAAUUGCUCGAUUCAUUUGAUUAAUUUAAUUUCCUUUAAGCUGCAAAUAACAUUGUUAUGUUAUUUUUCAUAUUUUAUUCAAUUAUUUCAACUUUUCUAACUCUUCUAAUUCAUCCUUCUUAUCGAAGUGUUAUUCCAAACAUCUUCAAAUUAAAAAAGAAUACAAAAAUCGUCAAAUCAACAAGUCAACAAUUAUCUGAUUUCACUAAAAAAGCUGAAAAAUAAAUAAAUAAUUUCUCGGAAAUUAAGAAGCAUCACUAUCUAAUUAUUCGCUACGAUGCUUUGAAUCAUUCAUUUUUGAUUCUUGAUGUGAUGUAUUUCGAAGACGAAAAUACUUUUUCUAAUUAUUCCCAUAUUUUGAGUAUAUUUGUAAUUCCAGUUCAUUUAUUUGGUGCUUACUGUAUUCUUUUCAAUACUCCAAUUCAAAUGAAAUCUGUGAAAUGGGCAAUGUUAAAUAUGCAUUUUUGGAGUGCAAUUUUCGAUAUUUUCAUGGGUUUUAUUUAUAUUCCAAUUACAAGUUUUCCAGCAACAGCUGGAUAUUCUUUGGGUUUUUCGCCAUUCAAAAAUUUUGCUGAAGAAACUUAUAUUGGAGUUUCAGCUUUGGGAAUUUUGGGUGCAUCAAUUCUUGCAUUCUUUGAGAAUCGAUAUGAUAGAUUAGUUCGAAGUAAACCUCUUGAAAAUUGGAAAAGAUAUACAUAUCUUAUAUUUAAUCAUUUAAUGGCUCUUACAUUUUAUAUUCCUCCACUUUUGGAAAUCCCAAAUCAAGUUGAAGCUAAAUUUCGAGUUCUUGAAAUUAUUCCAAAUAUUUCACGAGAUAUUUUUGAGAAUGAGCGAUAUUUUGUAGUUUGUGUAAGUCGAACAACAUUGGCAUUUUGCAUCGGAAUUGAUCUUCUUUGGUUUUUAACUCAAACAUUUUAUAUGUUUAUUUAUAUUAGUUGGACACUUUAUCGACAAAAAGUAUCAUCCUCGAAGACUUUGAUUAUUCAAAAGAAAUUUUUCUUGGCAAUUUGUAUUCAAACAAUUGUUCCAUUUAUGGCAAUUGUUAUUCCAGUUGUUUAUAUUAUUUUUUCAUAUCUAACUGAUUAUUAUAAUCAAGGUAGGUAAAUUAAUUCAUUUCCUGGAUUAUUUUUCACAGUUUUUAGCAAUGAAUAAUCUUGUGAUGUUUACUUUAAUGUGUUAUGGACAAUUAUCAACAAUUAUUAUGAUAAUUAUUCAUAAACCAUAUCGACAAGUUCUGCCGAAUAUUUUAAAAUCGAUAUGCGCAAAACGCCAUAAGAAUCUUAAAAUAGUUGCGAGCCAUCAAAGAUCAGCCAGUUUGUUUUAA